UUCCUGGUCUGUGUGGUGGUCAUUUAAGUAGUACUUCCGGGUGUCUCUGUCAUGUCCUUCCCAUAAUAACAUUGUAUAAUGGUUCCUCCAGGUUCCUCCAAGUCCGACAUUAUAAGUAGUUCUAUUCUAGAUGUGGUGUGUCCCUCGUCCAUGGUGUAUGCUGUAGCGUUUCAUAACCCAUGCUAAGAUGUCUCUGCCAUGGAGGGUAUUCAGAAAAGCAUCACCUGGAUUAAGGUCAAUCUCAGUUUCUGCAAACCUUCUGAUGAACUUUGUCCCUUCUACUAGCAGCAUUGAUGCCAAUUUAGUGGACAGAUUACAACAUUUUGUGUCCCAGGCCAGUCGUCUGUUCGUCAUCAGUGGUGCAGGUCUCUCUACUGAGUCAGGGAUCCCGGACUAUCGAUCCGAGGGUGUGGGCCUUUACGCCCGCACUGACCGACGCCCCAUGCAAUACAAGGAGUUUGUUGGCAGUGCCACGUCUCGACAACGCUACUGGGCCAGGAACUACGUAGGCUGGCCCCAGUUCUCCAGUCACAAACCCAACGCAGCCCACAGGACCCUGCGGCGGUGGGAAGAGGCUGGGAAGCUGCACUGGCUCGUCACUCAGAACGUGGACUCUCUUCACUCCAAGGCCGGGCAGAGGAGACUGACCGAGCUCCAUGGCUGUGCUCACAGGGUGAUAUGUCUCGGCUGUGGCACAGUCUCGCUGAGGGAAGAGCUCCAGAGGCGAUUCGAGGCCCUGAACCCCGAGUGGAGAGCGCAGACGUUGGGUGUGGCUCCUGACGGAGACGUGUUCUUGGAGGACGAGCAGGUCCUCCACUUCAGAGUCCCUUCCUGCACCGCCUGCAGCGGUACCCUGAAGCCCGAGGUGACCUUCUUUGGGGACAAUGUGAGCAAAGCCACGGUACAGCUGGUGCACGACAGACUGGCCGAGUCCGAUGCCAUGCUCGUCACUGGGUCCUCGCUGCAGGUUUAUUCUGGAUACCGGUUCUUGCUGGCAGCAAAGGAGAGGUGCAUUCCGAUCGCCAUCCUGAACAUUGGGCCGACGCGGGCGGACCACUUGGCAGAGCUCAAAGUCAGCGCUCGCUGUGGCGAAGUGCUGUCAGUUCUGCAGCCUCAUUGACACAUGACCCCAACAUGGACUCAAACCUUUAAUUAGGUCAACAGGUUUUGAAAGUGGACAAAGUGGCGACACAACCAAGUGGGGAAUCUUUAUUAAUUGGUUGGUCUUGCAAGUUUUCCUUUUUCACAAUGAAGACAUACCAACACUCGUAGGCUAAAUGAUUAGGUUGUUUGUAAUUACAUGAAAAAAAUAAUUCAGGUUGAAUGUGUAUCAAAUGAAGGUAUUCAUUAUGCUGCAGUGUUAUAAGUUUCCUCUACACAAUCUUCCAUGAUGAGUGAAGUGGUUGGGUUAGUCACAUUGAAAAAAUAAAUAAUUCAAUCUCCCAUUCUGCAGGAUUGUGAUUCCACUAAUGAAUAAAUCUUUCAAAUAAUUACAAAGCAUUUUGUUUUGAGAUUGUUUAUUCACGACUGUAAACCUAGUUUAAAUUUCAGUAAAGCUGUAACAUCAGUGGUGGCUUUAAAGACAGACCGAACGCAACGUAACAUGAGAUUGCGUUAUACUAAGAUUACUUAGAACGGAUUGCUGUUGAAAUCUUUCAGUUAGUCCCCGGCUCCAGUGGUCCAGGCUGGCCUGAGUCUCGUUGUGCAGGAGAGCUGGGGUGCUGAAGGAAUAAAGGCAACACGCAUGUCCUGCAGUUUCUGUUUGCCAUGAAACUGAAGCUUUAAACACCAUCAAAUGAGUCAUUGCCAGGCAGUUCUCAAAGCUUUUGCCCUGAUCAAACCAGUACGUACACGGAAAGCCCAGUAGAAUCCCAAAGAGGGUGCACAAGUUCCACUUUCCAGCUUCAUCUCCCACUAAGAGAGGCUGGUCUUUUUUGGUUGACUGUACGUGUGUUUGUAAAACUGACAUUAACUCUUGCAGCAUGCUCCUCAGAUCUCCGCUCAGCGGCUCGGUAAUAUGUGGCUUUUCCAAUGUGUGACUGACAUCAAUCACUGACACAUAACUACUAAUAAGCAGCUGCUUGAGGUGUUCCAUCAUCAUAUCUGGAUUAACAAUAAGGACAUUGCCAUUAAUGUCCACCGUGAUAAGAGACUUGGACACCAAACUGUUAGAUUGCAGUGUACACAAGUACUGCUGUACUUGAUCUGCGGUAGCACAGUUGAUGUCAUAAAGCAGGGCUGGUUUUAAGCCCAAAUCAACAGCCAAGACCUGAACACCUAAUUCUAUACUCAGAGACCCAAAAAUCGACUUCUUUCCAACAGAUAACCAUUUGCAUGCAGCCACAGAAAAAGGCCUUUCAUUAGACAUUACGCAUAUCAAAUUAGUUGUUUUUUUUAAAGCUAAAAGAUGCUUCGCCGCCAAUACAGGAAUGUUUUAACAAUACUGUUUAAUAUUAAAAAAAAAAAAGCCACUCAUUUAUUUUUAAAUAUACAAUCAACAAAUAGAAA